AAAGGCGGUUCCGAGGUCAUAGUAAAGCGCUAUUGGUUGGUAGAAUCACGUGGCUUGUUCAACCUAUAAUUCUGUCAUUUACCGUUCAUGAUUUACCGUCCAUUUAUUUUCUGAUUUAUCUCCAACAACGACAGCUGAUUUGUGGCACAUCUUCAAAGCUUUUUUAUCUGGAAAGACACUCUAAGAAGUUAUGAAUUCCAAUGUUGUGCAUUCCACAUCGUGUCAUAACAGUCAGCCGGGAACCUACGGAGCUUCUCUUUAUGGACCCGAAUUAGCGGCUCCCCACAUUUUUUACGGGCAGUCCCCGGAGCAUCUCCCACGACCAAACAAUCACUAUGUCGGGAACAGCGUGGUCACUUCUUUUCCUGGUCUUGACCACCGUUCAUCCCUGCUUAAUCGAGAGGGGAAUAGCCAAUUACCAGCACACCUUGCAAACGAUACAUCUAGUGGAAUGGCCUACAAUAACCUGGACGGCAGCGUGCGCUAUGUCCACCCAGGGCGUCUCGGACAUUCGGAAAUUGGGAACAGUGGAAAUCACACUCUCAGUAGUAUGGGGUACGUUUCCUCGUCGACGGACACCGGACGAUCUAACGCUACUCAAAUUGCUGAAAAUUUUGCUUUCGGAGUCUUGGAGUACGGUUCAGAAGCAAAAUGUCCUCGUAAUGUAUCCCCUCAUCAUCAAAACAUGAUUAUAACGGGUUCAGAGAGUCGUCGUAACGGGCUUGAUGCUCCCGGCGUGGAUACUACCACGAGCCCUCAUCCUUGUAUGGCUACAGUGGGCCUCCCGCGGAGGAAUGGCUUCGGCUACCAGCAGGGAUAUGAAGCUUCUCACCGGGACACCUGCCAAAGUGACAGCGGCACCUCAGAAGGUGUAGUUAUCACCAGUAAAACCUCGUUGAUGGCUCAGCACUCUGCCCCUGUCCCUAAGUAUAAAUGGAUGCAAUUCAAAAGAAACAUGUCAAAAAACGCUCACAAGUCAGAUCACGAGUACAAUGGGAUAGGACAUGGCGGUUGUGGUGUUGGAGGAGAUUCGUCAGCAAGUAAUGGACCAGGCAGAACAAACUUCACUACCAAACAACUAACAGAAUUAGAGAAAGAAUUUCACUUUAACAAAUAUCUGACUAGGGCACGACGAAUAGAAAUUGCCAACGCUCUUCAACUGAAUGAAACACAAGUAAAAAUUUGGUUUCAAAAUCGAAGAAUGAAACAGAAGAAAAGAAUGAAGGAAGGUCUCGUGCCUCCAGAAACCAUCACUCCAGAAAUUAAUUCCACUUGCCAUGAACAUAAACCCGUUACCAGGAUACCUCCGUCGAAUGUUUCCACGGCAACGGUUCUGCCAGCCAAUAAAGGAACUUGUUAGUGAACAUUGGAACAUUGCAAGAAAAUAAAAAUAAAUCAACAAUUUCUUUACCGAGCCGUGAAAAACUACGAUUUUUGGAUGGAUGCUUAAGAACAUUUUUGGUAAAACAUUCAUUUCUUGUAGGACUACUGUGGACCAAAACAUCAAAUUGUAUGGGAAAAUGAAAAAAACAAACAAAAAUGUGUAUAUAUAUAUGCACGGAAAAAUAGAUUUUAUGGGGACCUACAUAAGAAGAAAAUAACGGUAACUAAAUCCUACUUUCAUUAUUCUGAUUUUUCUCACGUAUUACUCACACGUAAAAUUAUUAAUAUGGCACAAAACUGCUCUUGUUAACAAAAACAUAAACGUUUUUUCGGUUAAGAUUAGGCUAAAAUAAGUUUAGAAAAGCCGAAUUUUAGCAUAUUCAUUCUUUUAGCUGAAUAAUGAAUUCUAUAUGGCAUUUUCUUUAUUAUUUCUAUAGAGUUGUUUUGGCUUGGCUUAAUUUCUUGU